ACAAGCAGCCGGAGGACGGGAGCAAACACGGAUCUUUAUGAGGCAGAGCGUGGGAAGUGGAGAGAGCAGUGUCUCGGAUCCCAAGGCUGGACUUCCCCUGCCCUCUGUCUGCUCUGAAACGAACUGACAGAUUGCUGAAGUAACCAAAGCAGACUCUGCCUCAUUUCCUCUCUCAAAACCAUUCAGAGAGCCUGUCGUUGGCUUUCUCCGGUUUGCUUUUUAGCCUUGUCAUUCUCUGAAUCAGCUGGUUUGGAUCUCACUCACAGUUCUUGGGCCUUCUAGACUUGUAUACAUGGCACAAGUUGCAUCCAGAACUGGAGAUAUCGGAGGGAAAGUCUCAGGGCAGAGUCUUGCUCUGGUACAGUAAAAGUAUUAGUGGGAACUAUGGGAUUGGACACAAUGACCGUCAGCAUGGCGCUCAUGGGGAGUGUGCCGCACUCAGCCUGACGCCCACCCUGUGUCACGUUUAGGGCGUCCCGCUCUCCCACUACCUGGACGUCACACACGUGUGCUGAUCAAUAUGUGUGUUGGCAUAUUCUGGUGGUAGCUGUCAAGACAUACAGCAGCUUGAAGAAAUCUCUUCAGCACAGCUUGACGCAUACAUCGCGCACCCGUGAAAGGCCCAGCAGAGCCGGCGCGGAGGAAUUAUCUGCUGUCAGGUCCUGCGCCGGGCUGAUAGGGAAGCGAGGGCCACCGCAAGGUGAGAGGGACGGGAACCCAAAGUCCGGGACCGAUGAUGCCGUCCUCCACUAUGCAGAUGUUUGCCUUCAUUCUGGCGUUACUGGGGGUCCUGAGUGCCACGGUGGCCACACUGCUACCCAACUGGAAGGUGAGUGCGGAUGUGGGCAACAAUAUCAUGACUGCCAUCUCGCAGAUGCAGGGACUGUGGAUGGACUGCACCUGGUACAGCACCGGAGUCUUCAGCUGCUCGCUUAAGUACUCGGUCCUGGCGUUGCCGGCUUAUCUUCAGACCGCACGCACCACUAUGGUGCUCUCCUGCAUGAUGGCGACGAUGGGACUCUGCUUGGCCGCCCUAGGGCUGAAAUGCACUCGAUGGGGUGGCAGUUAUCGCUCUAAGGGACACACGGCUAUUUCCGCAGGGGCUUGUUUCAUCGUGGCAGGGGUCCUGUGUCUGGUGCCCGCAUCCUGGUUCACCAAUGAGGUCAUCACUACGUUCAUGGACUCCAAAGUGCCCAAGAGCAGCAAGUACGAGCCGGGGGCGGCGGUGUACGUGGCGUUCGUCUCGGCAGGAUUCCUUUUAGCCGCAGGGGUGAUCUUCUGCUUAUCGUGUCCUGGAAGGAGAGGCGGUACAUUGGAUUCGGGCUCGUCCCACCCAGACAAGCCAAAACAGAAGAAGCUGCGCCAGGAGCAGCCGAGCCGUGACCAACAGACACAGCAGCACUGCGAACAGCAGAGUCAGACUGAACCGCCGGAACGAGAGCAGUCGCAUCGACACCAGGAAAAGCUACAAGCGGACGAUCGUCAGGUGCCGGACAGAUUGAUCCCGGAGAAGGACAAGCAGUACCAGUCUCCAUCCCGAACCCGAAUUCAAGACCCCAAGGCCGUCUAUAGUCUGCACGACUACGUGUAAACAACUGGAGCACGAGUAUUUAGGGCGAUCUUGAUUCUCAGACUGCCUUUCUUUGUGAGCGGCAAAAAGAGGAGGGGAAAAGCAGUGGAGCAGCAGGAGGAAUAAUGACUUUGACGCCGUUAUCAACCCUUCUCAUCUGUGCUUUCGCUUACAGCAAGCGAAACACUGGAGGCAUUUCCAAAGACCCCGGAACAAACAAACUGAGGAUUGUGAAACCUCGGGUUCAUGGUUUUACCUGCAAGGACUAGUAAAAGAUAGGGGUGGCCAAGUAAUGACGCAUCAUGAAAUUUCAACAUGAGAGGAAUUCAUGAAGAUACUAAUGCAAGGACAGUUCUGAAGGGGCAUUUGCUUACUAAAGGUUGGAAAACAUACAGUUGUUGUUGCCCUAUCAUUUCAUGACCUUGUCGAAGUAAAACGCAAACUCUCAAGAGCAGUUUUUGAUGAGCAAGUUUGCUUGUAGAUGAUUCAUUAGGCAGUAUAUGUGCAUGCUGUUUGUAGAUAAUGCUGUUAAUAAUGCUGCAAACGGAUAAUCAAGCUUGCACCUGAGGAUGCUUCACAACAUCAGCUGUCCAUUAAAUGGUGCGUGUCCUUCAGAAAAGGGAUUUUGACAUGUCCAGUCCAUAUUUUUCAAAGAAUGGAGGGGGGAGAGGCACAGCAGAGAUCAGUUGAGGUAAUGAUGCUCUUUGCUUUUCCAUUAGGUUCGCUACGGAUGGGUGAACGCUGCUCAUUUAUUGCGAGCAGACACAGAUUCACCAACACACACACAUAAGCUUUCCUUCCCUCCCUAGAAGGGUAAUGGGGGCUUGCACCCAAUCAUCAUGAUGCUGUGCGCCAGUGUGUCGUGCCUGCAGGAAGUGCAGUUGGUCCUGUUCUAGGGCAAACAGGACGCAGUAACACGCUGUUCACACUUUUAUCGAAAAGUAAAACCAAGGUGACGGAAAUCUCGGCGGUGGCUUCAGACUCCCCCGCUGGGCAACAAUUACACCUUUGGUCUACGCUCAAUUCAGUCAAACAGUGUUUUCUGAUUGCUAUGCUGUUUUCACUUACAGUCAAGCCAUUGAAUGUAUCGAAGAGUCAGUGGAAGACAGAAAUGUGCAAUAUAAUGUACAAUAUUUGACUAAAGCUAAUGCUAAGUGUCAUUGUUCUGUUGUUUCUGUCAUAAUAAUGGUCAAGGGCUCCUAUUGUCUCCAGAGAGACGCCACUGCUUUUCAUUUCUAUAUCACGUUACGAUGAAUUUGAGCAGAAAAACUAAUGUCAUUAUGUGCCAAUCAGAGGUCGCGUUUGGUCGUAAACAUAUUGCCGUAAUCUAUUAUUACCUGUCACUUUAAUUUUUACAUUUUAAUAAUAAUAAGUCAUUUAAUAGGCUUGGUUUUGUUCCCAUUUUCAUUUUUAUUCACAAGCUUACAGGACAAGCAUAUAGGCAAGAUUAUGCAUUUAUUUAUUUACGAAAGUUGAACACAGGCCGUGCUUCGCUUUUCAGAUUUCAUCAUGAAUGUUUCUCUAAUAAAUCGCAAUAAUCGUUGUGCUUUGUUACUUUUGAUAUGAAACAAAGUCUCAGCUUUCAAAUUAUGUCCAUUUUAUCAAAAAAGUCAAAACAAUACCGUUUUGGCGCUCUUUAAUGUGGCACGAGAUUAAGUUCAAGCGAAGCGGAGCGCGUGUGAACGUGAUCAAUUCUUUUCUCUUUACUAAGUUACAGAAAUAAAUAAACAUGAACGAACAUAAAAAAAUAUCUAUUUUGUAAGAUAAAUUACCGAAAUCAAUAUUAUAUCUCAUGUAAUCGCUCAGUGUUUCAACCAUAGAUAUACAUAAUAAAGGCUAGAUGUAUCGUCCGCACUGCUGGCCAAUGGAGGUCGACGUCUGCACCUGGCGGCCAUCUUGUCACAGGCAGGUCGCUCACUCGUAACAUUGUGUUUAAUGGUGCAUUGUACUUUUUAAAUAAUCAUAUCUUGCUGAAUGUUCUUCCGAUUUUCAAACGUUUUGGUUUGUUAUAAACGUCAGAGAUGUAGUUAUGAAACUGCAUACGUAUGAAUAAUAAGUGUAUAUAUAAACAA